AUGAGAAACCCUUUCCCACCCUCCGAUUCUGCGCCUGGUCAUGGACAUGUCCACCUGGCUCUGUUACCACCAGGCACUCCUAUCCUUCAAACCCUGACCUAUCAGUAUCCUCUCAAACUCAUCUCACCCGCUCCUGUGACUAUAACCUCGUCUGCCGACAAUGACUCGUUUCAUCAAGUUCACACUCUCUACAUCCUGACUUAUGGCGGUGGUAUAGUUGCUGGGGACACCGUUACCUUGCGCACUGAUCUUGACACCACCACCCGUCUGCUUAUCCUCACCCAAGGCAGCACCAAGAUCUUCAAAACGCCCGCUCCCUCCACUCUCAGUCGUCAGGACAUGAACAUGCAUCUGAAACCUGCUGCUGCUCUGGUCUAUCUCCCUGAUCCUGUCCAACCCUUUGCUCAAAGUGCAUUCGAACAGACUCAACGGUUUUACAUACAUCGUCAGCAGGAUGUUCCCAAUGCCAGCAUUUGUGUCCUGGAUUGGGUUUGCCAAGGUCGCAGAGCCUUAGGUGAGGACUGGAAUUUCUUCAAGUAUUCCAGCAAGAACGAAGUCUGGCUUGUUGAUGGGUCCCGCGGGUCCGACGAGAAGAGGCUGCUAUUGCGUGACAAUGUCGCCUUGGACGCUAGUGACGAGGCUAUACGAACAUCCUUGGCUCGACGCAUGGAUGGUCUUGGUGCUUUUGGAACUCUGAUAAUAUAUGGAUCUGUUUUUGCGAGUCUUGCGACAUUCUUCAUGGACGAAUUCAAGGCGAUACCCCGGAUCGGAGGCAGGAAAUGGGAUACUGGCGAUGAAGCUGACGACGCCGUCCAAGAUCUGGAACCUCUCGUAUCGAAGCGAAAGGCCAGACAAAAACAAGAAAUAAGCGAUGGCCUGCUUUGGUCCGCAGCCAUGACACGAGGAUGUGCCGUUGUCAAAUUCGGCGCAAGAGAAGUCGAAGGUGGGAAACGUUGGUUGCGCUCCAUGAUAGAGACAGAAGGCAGCGUUCCCAUUCAAUUUGGAGAGAGGUGCUUGCUCUGCUUGCGAUAG